AUGCCUCGUAGCCAGGGCGGUUCAGGUCGUGGGCGUGGACGUGGACGCAGUGUGUCUGGGGCGCAGGUCGCCAUCCCAGAUUCUAUCGAACGCACAGGAUCUAUUCCCCCGUUUCAAUCAAUUCCAUUCCAACAUCAAAGCAGCAGUACACUAGAGCACCUCACAUCUGCCGCUGCAAUGAUAGAAACAGACAGAGAUGCUACCGACACUCUUCUAGAACACCAGUCCCGCCAACGGUCCUCACAACUCCCAUCCCAGGAACGUUUACGCCCUUAUUCAAUCCCAUCGUCACGCACCACCAGCCAUCGCACAUCAAGGGGGUCAGGAAGCACCUAUGGUGUUGAUGGCAACGAGCGCCCACUGGCAGAACGUGCUAGACGGAGCUCCAAGAUGGAACUCAAACCCACUGACAUGAAGUACUACAGCGAGGCGGAUCAAAAAAACAUCAAGCAUGCUCGUAAACUCAUCAUUCUCGAUAUGCUCCUGGAGAGCGGGUGGCAGAAGACUAGCAACCUUGGUUCCAUCGCUGCAGAGUGUAUCUCACAGGCAUCUGACACGUCUGGCCAUGUCACCGAGUGCACGGACAGCAUCAACAAACUCAUUUUCGAUGGAUUAUCAACUAUCAGAGGAAAGCUCGUUAAUGAGGCUGAACGAGUCCUAUCGUACCUGAAAAUAUACCAGUCCGACGAUAGCGCAAUGAACGAUGACAAAAGAAGCAACCAUAUUAAACAGUGCGUGAUGCUGUUAACUGACGACACGAACCUUUUGGAGUACAUCCUUCACGGUUACGAUGAUGAGAGGGGGAAGAUUCUCGUGUAUUCGGCACUUUUCUUUCUCGACCUUCACGAAGACUUCUGGUUCGGAUGCAACUCACCAUUCCUCAAUCCGCAGUCGAGAGCAUUAAUCUUACACAUUUCAUGGCCUAUGUAUUCACUGACGGGCGCUGCGAUUAUAUGUGUCAUCCGCCGGGCUUCGGAAGGUCGACUAUCAAAGACGAAGAACGUGCUUCAAUUCUCGACGGAAGAAUUCUCGGGGGUCGCGGAAGGAAUCCGCAAAGCGAUGAUGGAAUAUGCUGCUAAGCCCGAGCUUGACGAGUAG